AUGCAAAGGUGGCUCGAACCACCAGUGCAGAACAAAGCCAGUUUCCAGGAGGCAGGACUGAUUAGAGGCGGAGUGGUGGAAAACAUGGCUCCUCUUGGUACAUUACCAAAGGCGGCUAUGCAUAAGAAAUCACCUGUAAAUGGAGAGGCAAUGCCAACUCCUCCGGUGAAGACGCGGAUUGUUUUAAAGAAACCAUACGUUACUCCGACAGUUGCGACAGUUGCGACAGUUGCGGCAGUUACGGCAGUUACGGAGAGGGUACCGAGCAGAAGAGAAGAAUCGGCCGAAGAGGCGGGUGCUGAGGGUAUUGAGGUGGAUAUGGUGGACGCAGUGGAUGCAGUGGAUGCGGCACCAUUAUCGCCAUUAUCCCAGCCUCUCCUUCCAAUUUCAAUUAUGGAUGAUGGAGAAGAUGAAGAUUAUGUGCCUAAAAAAUCAAAGGUGCGACCAACUUUCAACCAGGUCAAUCAAGUCAAUCAAGUUGACCAAGUCAACCAAAUCGACCAAGUCACCCCUAGCAACGCAUCAAGAAGACAUUCUUCUAGGCGACGAAGUGCACGAACCAGCCCUACGCCAGUUGAUUCAUCACCUUUUAACAUUCACCACGCAACCAUAACAACAAAUACGCCUACAAUUUCAUCUCCUCAUUUUCAUCCUCCUGUUUCUAUUCUAAAUCAUCGUGAACCCGACAAAGAAUUUGCAGAUAAAGUUGUCGAGGCUGCAGUAGACGAGGCUCUUAGGCAUUAUCGCUACCCCACAGCCUGGGCACUUCGUCUACUUUAUGAUGAAAAUUCAUCUGACCCUCAUUUUGUGUCUAUGAUUGAAGAUAUUUAUCAUCAACGAGCAGACAUAGAUACGAUCAAAGAAUUCAACAGGCUUGUAUCCGACAAGAAAAAGGACGGUAAAAAAGAUAACAAAGGCUGUUACUAUUUUGUGCCUCCGUCGACGGGUAGCCGCUUUACGCCUCACAAGCCGAAGCCUGCACCUUAUGCAGAAUUGGUCAAAAUGGAUCUAAGCAUUCUUCCUGAAGACACGCCUGACGAGCAUGUCAGUAAGAAAGUAAAGCUUGAUCUUGAUGAAGAUUUUGAUCAAAAUGAAGAUGGCAUAGCAAACCAAGGCAGCAACCUUUCCAUUCAACUCAAAGCAAAUGGAAUCAGCCGUCCUAAAGGUCUCACAAGCACCAAGUCACCACAAAAAUCACCACGAAAGUCACCAAAGUCGCGAAAACAGCGAUCAGGAUCUGUUAGCAGCUCAUCAUCUCUAUCUUCAGUUCCUGAUGAUGUACCUGAUGACUAUGAAGAAUACAUGGAUCAGGUGGAUGACAACCUGGGUGUCGCGCGUCCCAUAGCUGCCGAGCCAAAUAAUGCGCAAAUCCCGGCAGGCUCAAGCCAGCCAAUCAGCAGCCACCAGAAGAAACCCGCCGCGAAAAAGAAGAAUGGUGCAUCACCCAAGCAUCCGCCCUCACAAAACACUACCCGUUCACACCCUCCCUCCCGUGAUUCGAGUAUGCCCGCUGUUGUUACUGCUAACGGUUCUCCCCAUCCACCCCAUCACCAUCAGAACAAGCAACAAACAUCUACCAACUUGAAGUUUACGAGCAGAUUUGGAGAAGUAGAUGAUUCUGAUCUACUUGUUCGUAAAAAGUUGAGCAAGAAGUUGGAGAAUACUAGUACCACUAAGGACAUUUGCGAAGAUAGCUUCAUCCGCCAGCCCCUUGACUUUGACGAUCUACCUUUCGAGCUGGCUAUUCCGCCCCCGCCUCCGCCUCCACAUGCAGCGGAACAGAGCCGCUCGUCUCGGACGCCAGCUUUGAGCUCGCGAGCUGCCAGGGCGGCUAAGAGACAUCAUGACGACCUUGAUGAUUCCAUCUCACCUACUGCGCUGUCAUUCAGAGCUGCCGAUCUGGAGCCUCCAUCCUCAGCUCGCGGUUCGCGUGCUGCGACGCCUUCUAACCCUCGCUCCAACAAGAAGCCCAGAGCAGGAUUGCGCGUGAAGAAUUCGUGA